CCUUGCCUUUUGAACUACCAAGGGAAAAUUCAUUUCACCAUCCUGGAGUCAGUAUGGAGAAGAAUCUUGAUUAUUGUCUUGCUUAAUUAAGAUGUAGAACCUAAAGUCUGCAUCUGUGAGGCUACACUGACCCGCACAUGUAGCCUCACGUUUACUCCUAAGUGGUCUGUACUGAAGUUUGGUUUUAAGGACAUAAGUGAGAUCAUUAAGGUCACCAGUGCAUUACAUCAGUGUUAAAGCAGCUGAAAUUGCUGCCUUUCUGAGUCAGAUGGGUGGUGCUGCACAGUGCUGCACUGAGGCUAGGAUGGAAAAUGGUUUUCGAACCUCCUGGAGUCAGUGUGAUCUUACACUACAGCAAUUUAGUCAUCAAAAUACAGUAUAAUUUUUUAAAAUCUCCAAUCUUCUUCAGAUCUGCCUUUUAAAUGCUCCUGAGUGAUAAACCUUCAUUGGCAAUGUGCAGCAUUCUCCUUUGCCAACUGAUGGUGCUGUUGUCUUGGUUUAGUUCUCAGCAUUGUGAAAAUUGCAAAAAAUCAAAUUAAGAGAAAAGCAAAACACUUAAAUGGUUUUUAUUAAAGCAAAUGAACUAGCAUUCUGUUACUCAUCCAGGCUCAAACUGAAACCAGGUUCAAUUUAGAAGGAUUAAGUACUAAAAAAAAAUUCCUCCCAGUCUUUUCUGCUGGGAUGCUAAUAGUGUCCCCAACCGUUUCUUUCUCAGGAUUUAACUGUAGCUGCUGUAUAUUUCCAAAAGCUUCUCAGAUUCUGGCAUUCCAGAAGCAGUUGGAAAGCAUCAUGUAGCUCAUUCUGUGUCACUAAAGGAUUUUCCACACUCAGUAUACUCCUGUAUGGCAGAAACAUUCCUCUCCUCAUAGCAGUGUAUGUAGCAUAACAUUCCUUCACUAUAUAUGUAUAUUCAUAAGUUUUUUUUUCACCAGAAAUUGUUCACUUAAACUUUACUCAAAUGCUAGCUGCUUAAUCCUUUAACAUCCCAGCUAAUAUUUCAAUAAUUUAUCUUAAAGUAUAUUAUUCAGUAACUAGUAUGUAUUGUUUAGUAUCUACAGUGAAACUAUUGUAAAGCUAUGUACACUCCUAGGCAAAAAAAUGCACCAAGCCCAAAAUGGCAAAUAUUAAGCUUAUAAUGGUCUUAACAACAAAUCAUUAAUCAGAAAAUUAGGAGGAACUAAACAAGUGCACUCCUGAGACCUCCUGUGCAACCAUCUGCUCAUUUACUUUUACUGCUUUGAACUGUGUGGGGGAAAAGCUAGAAACAGGGAAAUUCACUUAUAUAAUGAUUAAAAUGUUUGAUGUAAAAUUCAAACUAGCAUAUGUCUGGAUGUACAAAAUUUUCCAAAAAUAUCUUCUGGGAUGUUUUUUUUUUCUUCUUAAAAAAUUAGUCAUUAUUUGGUUAUCUGCUACACCUGAUGAAGCUCAUCAAGGGCCACAAGGCUGCAACAUUUAAAGAAAUCAGGCAAAAGCUAUCCCAUACUAAGUUCCUUCAUCUAUUUGUUUAAUUCUUGCUAAUUUCCUGACCAGUAAUUUGUUGUUAAGACCACUAAAAGCUUACUGUUCUGCCAUUUUUUUGGCCCAGGAGUAUAUCUGUGAGAGUGAGUAAUUAAGCCCAUGAUUGAUCUACUCGUAAUGCUGUGUGCAAAGUACCAUCUCAACCCAUCAAGCCACACCAUUGAGCUAGUCUCCACCAACAAGAACCACAUUAAAUUCAAACCCAAUGCUCUUAUUGGAGCUCUGGAAGCUGAGAAGGUUCUGCUCAAGCCCAAAGGCAUGGAGGACAAGAACAGGAAGACUGGACCACAAAUGCCAGAGGCUACUGUGCGUCUGGUAAUAAACUAUAAAAGGACCCAGAAGACAAUUUUGCGAGUGAACCCUAAGCUUGCUCUGCAGGAGCUGUUGCCCGCUAUCUGUGAGAAAUGUGAAUUUGAUGUGCAGAGUACCGUGCUGCUGCAGAAUGUGCACUCACAGGAGCCUUUGGACCUGAACAACUCCCUCAAUGACUUCGGGCUCAGGGAGCUCUACGCCAGAGACACACGGGUUAUCAGUCCGACAGACUUCCCUCCAUCACCAACUCAUUCAGAUGGUAUUCAACCUGGCAAGGACAAACUCCAGAAAGAAAAAGAAAAUAAAGGACUGUUUGGCAUGUUCAGAAGAGGAAGUAAGAAGAAACCUGAUCAGGCAUCAACUGUGAGUGCACCAGCAUCCCCGAACAAUAGGAAGUCAAGACCUGUGAGCAUGAGUUCACUCGGCAUGCAUUCCCCAACUUACGACUCGAACACUAUGCCGUCUGACACACCGAAGAAGAGACGGGCCCCUCUGCCCCCGCACAUGAAGCCCUCUGACCUCAGCCAUCAGCACAGCAACUCUCAAACAAGCAGUCAUCCUGAUGGCAACCAGGUUGCGGCAUCUCUGAGUCGAAGUUCAUCUACCGAGUCGUCUCUAAAGAGGAGUAAGAGGAAGGCUCCACCACCCCCUGCCUCCCCCAGCAGCCCCUCAGUGACCCAUGAUGAAAAAACGCAGGAUACAACUGUAACAGGAUUGUCAACUACUCCUGAGGAGAUCCAAGAAAAUCAGGAGACUUCUAUGGUCCCAGACACCCCUGUUGUCCCUGUAAGCUCCAGUCCUGAGAGCUUGAGUCCUCUGCCAGAGCUUCUGGAGGAUGACAGCAGCGUCAACCUCUCUGCUGACGUCUCUCUGGACUCUGGCAGAGCUGAAACUGCCUCCCCAACUCAGGAUUCAGAGAUGGAAAGUGUAGCUCCACCUAGGGAGAGCCCACAAGAAGUGUUACCUGAUCUGACCACAGAUGGCAAACUAGCUGCAGACUCUGAGGUGAAAAGAAAUCAGCCAGAGGCUGAUUCCGAUGCUCGAUUACAGUCAACAAACAAUGCCAAUGUUGAUGAGAGGACUGAAAAGGCAUGUGUAACUGCUGAAUGUUCUACAGCAAUGAAGGAAGAAUGCACUGCACCAAUAGAUGCAGCUCAGGAUUCUAUACACAUAGUCGCACACACUCAGCGAGCAGAGCCACAGGCUCCUCCUAAGCCCAGCUAUGCAGCAGCUGCAGUACAAACAACGCCGAACACGUCCUCCACUGCAACCAGUGCAAGUCAGACACACACUGAAAUUCAAACAGAGAUAUACAGCUCUACUGAGGCUACACCCACCCCGGAGUCAGUUGUCUGUACGUCUGUACCCUUAGGGAGCCCAAAAAGGGACAUAGCUACAUCUACAGAAGAACCCCAAACACAAGAAUUUCACCGAACCUCUACUCAAAGCUUUGAUGUGCAGACAUCCACAUACACUCACCUCCCUGAAAGCCCAAAGUCCACACAGACUCCCAGUUCUGAAGAUCAAAAGUCCACACAGGUUUCCUCAGCAAGUAAACAUGGAAACUUACAGUACCUUGUUGGCUCUGAGCCUAAGCCUAAGCCUUCAAAUGAACUCACCCGUGAAUACAUCCCCAAAGUAGGCAUGACCACCUACACCAUUGUGCCUCCGAAGUCCUUGGACAAGCUACGCUUCUUUGAAGUGGAGCUGACGCUUGAGUCUCCCAGUGUGCCUGGAGUUCAGGAAGUGAAUGUGGAGUCUUUAAGUCAAAAAUCUACAGCAGCACCACCACCAGUAGCAGCAUCUCCCACCAGGUUUGAGUGCAGGUCUGGCAGUGCCAGUGAUCUCUCUCCAUCCAUUUCCCCAACUGUAGAAUCUCCUUCAGACUCCUCUUCUAUCCCUCAGGCCAAGGAGAAGAAAGUUCCACCUGCAACCAGGCCCAAACCAUCUUCUUUCCGCUUACCGCAGCAUAAAAGAACACCUGGAAGUUAUGUCAGCUCAGCGGUGCGCAGUAUGAGUUUGAGUGAGGAGAAAGAGCCUCUCGGUAGCCCGCCAUGGGAGAGUUUUCAUGGGCUUAUGCAGGAGAACUUACCUCCUCCUCCACCACCCGUCCAGUGGGAGGAGGAGAUGAAGACAGAGGAAAAGCACAUUUCUCCACCAACAUCUCCACUAAAGGAGGAGGAGAUGGAGAGAUCUAGUCCAGCUUCUUCCCCGAGAGAGACAGACGUGUUCAGUGGAUCAGCGCAUUCGGUUUUGCCACGCCAAAUGAGUUUACCGACUGCUGGCCUGACUCUGGAAAAGCUGCGGAGUUUUGCAGCACCAAAGCCAUACUCCUCAUCCACACCAUCACGCUUUGCCCAGGCUGUCAGUACUGCAGUCAAGAGAUCUCAGUCUCUUACCCACAAUCCUGUGAGGCUGUGCAGCCACAAGGUGCCUUUGGCAAUGACUAAACGUUGUCCAAUCAGAGAGACAGAUGAGUUUGUUGAAUUACCCACUUUCAGGGAUGUGGACAGUGGGCAUGGGCAGAGGAAGAGCAGCAGUGACUCCUAUGUUUCUCCAGUUGAGGAGAAUGAGGAGGUGUGGAAAAGGAGAACGCCUGAUCUCUCCUCAGAUAGUGGCUCUAACGCUCACUGCAUUUGAUUUGCAGGGAUGUUUGGUGUCUCCUGUGAUGUCUCCAGUCCCGAAGACUUUGCCUGCACAGGAACAGAGUAUUUAACCACUUCUUUAGCUUUAACCUUUAUCCCACAUUAGUGCCUUAAUGAGCACAUCAUUUUGAGCUCAGUGCCUUUACACCUUGUCCUCACCCCCCACUGCGAGGACGCUCCAGCUCAGUGCACCUAACCACGGAACAGUACAGGAGGACCACAGCUUUGUAAACUUGUACUAAUCCUCUGUGUUGUCCCUUUCCUAAUGCUUAAUUGAAUUUCUGUCCAGGAAGUAACAUCUGUUGUGCUUUCAGUAGCUAGUUUGCUAGCCUAUUGGUAAAUUAGCAGUUUGUAGAAAAUAUCACACUCAGCUAAACCUGACAGUGGACAUAGGGAUAGUGACCACUUUCUUUCAUUACAUAAUCAUCUUAAUUUUAAAUUCAUAAAAUCUCAUUUGACUCAGUCGUUUCUCAGUGUUAAAACUGACAUAGGCCGGCAGGGCAUUAUUGGAAUACAUUGAAAAAUGAUGGCUAGAAAUUAUUUUCAGAGAACAUUCCAUGUGUUCUAGUGUUUGGGACAUUUAUAGUGUUCUAGUAAGAAUAGACUUUAGUGCUUCUGGCAAUGAGGGAGUGUUAAUCAGGGUCUUGAUAAUUAGCUGAUCAGCUGAAACAGGUGUGCUAGCACACAGAACAAAAAUAAAUUGUACCCUGUACUGCUGGAAAUGUCCAUGUGCCCUCUUAAGUGUACUUUUGCUCCCCUUUUCUGUCUACAUCAUGUCUUUGAAUAAAUGUGUAAAAUCUUAUUUAGCAGUAGUUAAUACAGUAGUUAAUAAAGGCUCUGCACUCUAAGCAAACAUGUGAUUCUCCUGAGGGAACAAAGUCACUGGGUUUAAAACAUUAUUAUGCAGGUAAUUCACAGCAUUUGCCAUUUUUCAAAGCUUGACUAUACUUGUUGCUUUUAUUAUAGUCUCUAUCUCAAAUGCAUUAUAUUAAAAUCCUUAUUAAUUCUUAUGUUCCUGUUGAUUUCUAUUGAUUCUGAACCUGAUGUUUUAUAUGAUUUUCAUUAAUUAUGAAUAUGUUCAGGUUUAUGGAAGAUGGGUUGUUUUAUUUGUGUGUUUCCCUUUAACUUAUUAGAUGUAGUGUGUAGAAUACUGUGAUUAUCAUUUCAUGUGGAAAAGGUACUCAGAUAUACCAGCCUGGUGUUGCCCUAUACUUGUGCAUGUAUACUGAAUGCAUACCUUUAGUGCAGCUAAACAUUACUGAUGGACAUUACAUAGCUGUAAAUUACAUGGAUCCCAAUGAAGUAAGCAGUAUGUAAUGGCAUGUACCUGCACACAUAUAAUAAUGCAUUACACAUAUGGGGGUUAUGUGUAACAAACAGGUAUGAGAGCUGCAAAAAGAGAAAAGCUUUUUAACAAAGCUGAACACAAAGAGAAACACACUGGUCUGCUGAUGCUUGUUUCAAAGACCGUUCUGCUGUAAUAUAUUUUCAAACUGUGCAUUAAAGUGUAAUGCAUAAACCUUU